AUGUCCAACGGCAGCUCCAUCACUGAGUUCCUCCUCCUGGCAUUCGCAGACACAUGGGAGCUGCAGCUCUUGCACUUCUGGCUCUUGCUGGGCAUCUACCUGGCUGCCCUCCUGGGCAACAGCCUCAUCAUCACCGCUGUAGCCUGCGACCACCGCCUCCACACUCCCAUGUACUUCUUCCUCCUCAACCUCUCCCUCCUCGACCUGGGCUCCAUCUCCACCACUCUCCCCAAAACCAUGGCCAAUUCCCUGCGGGACACCAGGUCUGUUUCCUAUGUAGGAUGUGCUGCCCAAGUCUUUCUGUUUGUCUUUUUCAUUUCAGCAGAGUAUUGUCUUCUCACCAUCAUGGCCUAUGACCGCUACGUUGCCAUCUGCAAA